GUUGAACUCGUUUUUCUUUACAGGACACGCAUGCGCAGGAGAGGCUACCUCCUCGCUGUUGCAGACAGGCUGCAAGACAGGUGGAGGUAUUCUUCCCACCUUAGAAUUAAGCCUCGCCGGAAGCUGGCGGCGACGUUUCGCAUCUCUGCACCGGAACCCGGAUUCGAACCCCCGAACGGUUCGAAGGAUGUACCGUGACACGUGGAGGCGAUAACGACGGGCGAGAACGGAUUAUCGGAUAGGGCGAUUAAUCUCUAAGGAAAGAAAAAAAAAGGAUGGGCAGGAGAGGAGAAACACCGCUGCCCUCUUGGCAACAGAACACUGCUCAACGAGGUCGGAAUAUUCCGGGGACUUCAGCGGCAGCCAGAAACCACAUACAUAGAAGGCCACCAUCACCGUCGGAGUCCAGUUCGAGCACAUCCAUGGACGAAAUGGGGCGCACUCUGUUGGUACGGAACGGCGACCGAGGCGGGCCCCGGCCAGCCUGGGGUCCCGAGCCUGGCUACAGGGGCCCAGGGGGCACGCUGCGUUCCACGAGGUCGGUGCCCGCCCUGGCGCUCGCAACGUGGGAUGGGGAACCGUGCCCAGUUCACGGACAUGGCCCGCAUUUCUACCCUCCACAUCAUGGAGCUCAAACGCCGGUGUCCGUUGCGCAACCUAUGAGAAGGUUCGGAUCCGUGUUCGACGUAAGAACUCUGCAGUACCCUCCUCCUCCUCCGAUGACCCCUGUGCCAACAGCCCUGGAGAAGAAGUCCAUCCAUGGCUCCAUGUCCGCUUUGGGUCCUCCUCCUAUGGGUCCCCCACACAUGGGGCCUCCACACAUGGGUCCCCCACACAUGGGGCCUCCUCACAUGGGUCCCCCACACAUGGGACCCUACCACAUGCCCCCACCGAUGCUGAUGCCCCCCAUGAUGCGACCAAGACCCUUUGUCUUCCCGCAUUCGGAACCUCUGCCCACGAGGGACCCCUACCGGUCGCAGAUGAAGUUACACGGUCGAACUUCUGAAGAUGACUACUCGGUUGAUCAGGUCUGUUGCCGAGGUCACCUGGUGGUGUUGUGGAUCAUCUUAGCGGUGGUCACUAUCGGCGUGAUCCUAGGCAUAAUUCUCGGAGUCACCAUCACCUAGACUAUUAACUCAUCUGCACGUGACCUCCGACGAAAGGAAGGAAAAGUCAAGCAUGUGUGCGACACUCCACUGAGUAGGACAGCGUGGUUAGUCAUAUCCGCGAGGAAGAGAACCCUCAUUUCCCUCUUCCCCCCCCCCUCUUUUUUUUCCACUUGGGAUAUCCUCAAAUUACGAUCGACAGUUCACUGACAGUAGGUUGACUCCAAAGGGUCAUUGGCAAAUAUUUAUUUUGACAUCCCAAAUGAAGAGGGUACACCGGCUCCGGAUCCCGCCAUGUAUUUCGUGGACCUAGGGGGCGACUUUGUCGGGUGAAGCCAUCUGAUAGCAUUGGUCGAUGGACCUUUUUCACAACGCUUCUGCGCAUGCUCUGUGACCAUGACGGCUCCGAAGAAGGUUCCCUACAUAUUGAAUAGAUGGCGCCAAUAUGGCGCCGGCUGCAGGGUGCCUCGAUACUUUUGCUACUUGCGCCCUCUUUGGAAAGAGGGCGCAAGUAUCGAGGCACCCUACAGCCGGCUGUGCUUUGGCGCGCGCCGAUCUUGUUUCGCUGGACAUCCGCUAGGAUACGACGAGAGUGUAAAUGGUGCAUUGUACUGUACAGUAGUACGGAGAGGUUACACGUGUAAGCUCUCCCGGCAUGGCCGUACGAUUAUGACGCGACGACGUAUGACAACUAGCGCCAUCUCAGCCGAAAAAAAAGAAAACAAAAGUCGGGAAACUGGCUGGUGUACACUCUCCAAGGGGAAUUGUGCCUUACCAUUUCUGCACAGCGCUGGAAUGACGCGCCGAUAACCGAGCCAGAAGAAAUACGAAGGCGAGCAUUAAGGAUUUGAAUACGACGGGUGUAACCUGGCACCCGUACAGUGUGCUUUCUUCCCUCUUUGUAAUAUAUUCAAUAAAUUAAUUUCUAACAAUUU